CUUCCGGGGCGGUGCUGCGCCAUGCUGCGGAGCGCGGCCGUGCGGGUCCCGCUGCUGCGGGCGGUUUGCGGCGCUCCUGGCAGAGCCGGGCUGGGCCGCGCCGCGCCCCGCGCUGAGGAAGAGGAGGAGGAAGAGGAGCAGCAGCCGGUGGGCCGCGUCCCGCUGUACCCCGGGCACAUCCCCACCAGCCCGCUGCAGAAAGCGCUGCUGGCCGCCGGCUCGGCGUGCGCGGCGCUGUGGGACCCCUACAGGCACGACAUGGUUGCAGUCCUCGGCGAGACCACGGGCUGCCUUGCCCUGCCCAAGCUGCGAGACAGGAUGAGGAAUGACCCCGAAGGUUACCGCAUCCUCCAGUGCGUGCCCCACACCCAGCCCUGUCCCUCCACCUCUGUCACACCCCAUCUCUCCACCCCACGGGUCCAAGUCCAUUCCCUGUGCCCUGUAAAGGAGAGCCCCACGCUCCACCCCGAGGAGCUCAGGCAUUUGUCGGCUCUGAGCCUCCCGGCUGUGGAUUUUGCUUUGUGGUCAGCACUCAGCAGCGCCCUGCAGCAGGUCCGAGGGCAGCAGCGCGGAGCCCCUGGGCCCUGUUUCAGCACUGCUGUCUGUUCUGCUCUGCCGCUGGCGGUGCUGUCUCUCUUCACGUGGAUGCAUUAUGUUUUCUCCCCUGCACCUGCUGUGGCUUCUCCUCCGUUGGGGCCUCCACCCCCACUGUUUUGUCUUCUCCAUGGGCACCUCCACGCUUUCAUUCCAGCCACCCACGACGUCUCCAUAAGCUGUGAGAUAGGACUUGAUGGCUUUUGCUUCUGUGUCUGCAGGGACUCGUUGGGCACAAGCCUGGGGACCAGGAGGGACUCCAUAAGUCUCUGAUUAACCACAAUCUCACUGCUCCUUUGGCUUUUUUUUUCCAAUCCUUCAAGCUGAUGAGGGACACGAGGAAGUGUCUGCUGCAGCCAGGGUGGAGCUGGUGCUCAUCCCGCUUGUCUCUCUGGCACCUGGGCAGCUCCUGGAUCCACUGCAGGCUUUUACCAGGAAGAGAUUUUGUCCUGCAGGGAAAUGAAAGGGCUUUUGUUCAGUCCCAGCGCUGCGUGGUGCCUGUUUGCCAGCAGCCUGGGCAGGAGACCUCUCUGUGCAUGGCUCCCGUGUGGCUGCUGAUAAAAGCCUGUGCAGGAAAGGAGUGAAACCUGCAUUUAGAACAAAUUCCUUCCCCUCUCUCAGGCUGUUGCUUUGAAGUCUGGCUGCUUCGCAGGGGCGCUGAGAUCUGCUCCCCAGGCCUGGCUGCCAGCCAGGCUCAGUGCAGGCACUGCAGUUCUCCCAGAGCUGAUGGAGGUGGGAACUCCCAUUGCCAGGACUUCAGGUGGACUCCUUAAAGAACGCAUCCUAAUGGGAGCACUCAGGGGCUGCGCAGGGAAAGUGCCAGGAAGAGCAGGGAGGGGUUUCCAGGUCUCCAUCUGCCCAGGACCCCCAAUGAGUCCCACAUGAGGCUCACUGCUUUCUGUUUCCCUUUCAGGGAGCGGCCACGCAUCCGCCUCUCCACGCUGGACAUGGCCCGGCUGCAGGGGCUGCCGGAUGGCACGCUGGGCCGUGAAUACGUCCGCUUCUUGGAGGACAACGUGAGCAUGGGACCUCACUGUGGUUGGUCCCUGUGCCAGG